CGCCUCCGGUCAGCUGCGUGCGCCCUUCCGGCGGGGCCUGCGCGCGGAACGGAGCGGUGCGGUAGGGCCCGGCCCGGCGAUGCGGAUCGAGAAGUGCUACUUCUGCUCGGGGCCCAUCUACCCGGGCCACGGCGUCAUGUUCGUGCGCAACGACUGCAAGAUAUUUAGAUUCUGCAAAUCAAAAUGCCACAGAAACUUUAAAAAGAAGCGAAAUCCCAGAAAGAUGAGAUGGACCAAAGCAUUCCGGAAAGCAGCUGGCAAAGAAUUGACAGUGGAUAAUUCAUUUGAGUUUGAAAAACGUAGAAAUGAACCAGUGAAAUACCAGAGAGAGUUGUGGAACAAGACUGUUGAUGCAAUGAAGAGAGUGGAGGAAAUAAAGCAAAAACGCCAAGCUAGAUUUAUUAUAAACAGAUUAAAGAAGAGCAAAGAGUUGCAGAAGGCGGAAGACAUCAAAGAAGUCAAACAGAAUAUCCACCUUCUUCGUGCUCCACAUGCAGGCACACUGAAACAGCUGGAGGACAAAAUGGCGCAGAGGCUACAAGAGGAUGUGGCUAUGGAAGAAGACUCUUAAGAUGCUUUUAUUUUCUAUUUAUAUCUCUUCAGCAGUUAACAGUUCCUUAUUGCCUCACCUGAUAUAAUUCAGAACUGUGCUUACAGUUGAAGAAAAAUACAUUUUAAUGAGUCAGUUAUGGUUUGAAUGAUUUUUUUAUAUAUAUAUAUAUAAAAUAAGAUGGAUAUGGGUUUGGGCAGUACUUACAAUUGUGUAGUUUGAGAAAACCUUGUCAGCAGGAUGGAGAAUAAGGCAUAUUGUUUGAGGAUACAAUGUGCUCUUUAGACAGUUACACUUUCUUUCUGGAUAACUUUUCCGUAAUAAUUCAAGGAAUAAAUGAUGUUGGCUCUGGGCUUUCCUUA